AUGGUCAACAACAAUACUACAACCACAUUACCACUACCAUCAGCUGUCAUCGAAGCUACUACAGUGAAAAGCAAUGCUAAUACAAGCUCUUCUCCAACAUCAUCAGCUCUUGUCGCUACCACAGCAAUGAAUCCAACCUUUAUCCAGGCCUUCCCCUCGAAAUUUUCUAGUCCUAUCUACACCGCCUAUUUCUCCACGACCCUCACCAGCCUCCGUCCCGCCAUUCUCUACGCAUCCCACGGUACCAACGAUUAUAGCAUCAUACAAGCCGAAUACAAGCGGAUAAACCUCGUGAUAUCCGAUGCCCCACCAUCUAAGCUUUCAGAACCAUUACUCAUCGCGAGAAUAGAAUGGACAAGAUUCUCUACAUGA